CUCUCCCCUCCUGAGGCAGUCAGCAGAGCUCUACACAAAGCUCAGCCCUGGACAGUCUGAGGAGAGGAGAGUCUUCAGCUCACAGACACGAUCACUUCCUCCUGGAAGGAUGCGGAGGCUAACGGAGCUGGCCGCUGCUUUGGGCACCCUCUUGGGCCUGCUGGCAGUGGCAGCAAUGGCAGACUUUAACCUUCCCCAGCUAGACACCCCCAGCAAGCUGCCCGCCCACCAGCGCCAGAAGAGAGCCUGGAUUUGGAAUCAAAUGCAUAUAGAUGAAGAGAAAAACAGCUCACUGCCCCACUAUGUGGGAAAGAUCAAGUCCAGUGUGAACCGUAACAAUGCCAAGUAUGUGCUCCGAGGAGAGUCUGCUGGCACGAUCUUCCGGGUCCAAGCUGACUCAGGAGAUGUGUAUGCCUUGGAGAGAUUAGACCGGGAAAAGAAAACUGAGUACUUCCUUACUGCCCUCAUUGUGGACAAGGAGACCAACGUAGACCUGGAACAGCCUUCCAACUUCACCAUCAAGGUUCAUGAUAUAAAUGACAACUGGCCUGUGUUUACACGCCAGGUGUUCAACGCGUCUGUGCCAGAGAUGUCAGCUGUGGGGACCUCUAUCAUCCGUGUGACAGCAGUGGAUGCAGAUGACCCCACUGUGGCUGGCCACGCCACUGUCAUGUACCAAAUCCUAAAAGGAAGCGAGCACUUCGCCAUUGAUAAUUCUGGACUCAUUUUCACAAAGGACAAAAACUUGGACAGAGAGACGCAGGCUGAGUAUAAGAUUGUGGUGGAAGCGCGAGAUGCCCAGGGUCUUCGGGGAGAGUCAGGCACAGCCACUGUUCUGAUCACGCUGGAAGACAUCAAUGACAACUUCCCCAUCUUUACCCAGUCCACAUACACAUUUGCGGUGCCUGAAGACAUCCGUGUGGGUAGCCCCUUGGGCUUUCUGUCUGUCAUGGACCCAGAUGAGCCUCAGAACCGGAUGACCAAGUACAGCAUCAUGCAGGGCGAGUACAGGGACACCUUCACCAUUGAGACAGACCCCAACCGCAAUGAGGGUAUCAUCAAGCCCACAAAGCCCCUGGACUACGAACUCAUCCAGCAGUACACAUUCUACAUUGAGGCCACAGACCCCACUAUCAGACUCGGAUACCUGAGCAGCACUGCUGGUAAAAACAAAGCCAAGAUCACCAUCAACGUCAUGGACGUGGAUGAGCCCCCUGUCUUCCAGCGACGCUUCUAUCACUUCCAGCUGCCGGAAAACCAGAAGAAACCUCGGAUAGGCACCGUGGUGGCCAAAGACCCUGACAAGGCUCAGCGCAACAUUGGAUACUCCAUCCGCAAGACCAGUGACAGAGGGCAAUUCUUCCGAAUAACCAAACACGGGGACAUCUACAAUGAGAAAGAACUGGACAGAGAAACCCACCCCUGGUACAACCUGACUGUGGAGGCCAACGAACUGGAUUCUAGAGGUAACCCCGUAGGUAAAGAAUCCAUUGUGCAGGUUCACAUUGAAGUCUUGGAUGAGAAUGACAACCCCCCAGAAUUUGCCGAGCCCUAUGAACCUAAAGUGUGUGAGAAUGCAGCCCGGGGCAAGCUGGUAAUACAGAUCUCCGCAACAGACAAGGAUGUAACGCCACCAAACACAAAGUUUAAGUUUGCCCUGAAGACCGAGGACAGCAACUUCACCCUCAUAAACAACCACGACAAUACCGCCAAUAUCACGGUCAAGUAUGGGCAGUUUGAUCGGGAACAUGCCAAGUUCCACUACCUACCGGUGCUCAUCUCAGACAACGGGGUGCCCAGCCUGACUGGAACCGGCACGCUAACAGUGGCUGUGUGCAAAUGCAAUGAACAAGGCGAGUUCACCUUCUGUGAGGAGAUGGCCGCCCAGGCAGGCGUCAGCAUCCAAGCGCUGGUAGCCAUCUUCCUCUGCAUCCUCACCAUCACAGUGAUCACCCUGCUCAUCAUCCUGAGGCGGCGGCUCCGGAAGCAGGCUCACGUACAUAGCAAGAGCGCACUUGAGAUUCACGAGCAGUUGGUCACCUAUGACGAGGAGGGCGGCGGCGAGAUGGACACCACCAGCUACGACGUGUCGGUGCUCAACUCUGUGCGCGGCGGGGGCACCACCAAGCCCCUGCGGUCCACAGUGGACGCCCGGCCAGCCGUGUACUCAGCGGUGCAGAAGCCGCCGCGGCUGGUGCCUGGGUCGCCUGGCGGGCCCAGGGAGAUGGCCACCAUGAUCGAGGUGAAGAAAGAAGAGGCAGACAAUGACGGCGGUGGCCCCCCCUACGACACGCUGCACAUCUACGGCUACGAGGGCUCAGAGUCCAUCGCAGAGUCACUCAGCUCCUUGACCACCAAUUCCUCCGACUCUGACAUCGACUAUGACUUCCUCAACGACUGGGGACCCAGGUUCAAGAUGCUGGCGGAGCUGUAUGGCUCAGAUCCCCGGGAUGAACUGAUGAUCAUCUAAGGUUGCCAAGCUCUCGGCCAGGAGACCCAAAUUCAUUGCAGCCUAAAUGAGACACAUCAUAAACCACCUUCCCUGA